GUAUAUUUAAAGGGUCAUGUCACAACCAAGACACAACCCCUGAAACAUCACAAUGGCAUCUUUUAGCUGUUUCUUCAUCUCCUUUCUCCUCUCUUCUCUAUCAGUUAGCUUUCCACUCCUAUCAACUGCUUCAUCCUCUUCCUCAAACACAUUCAUUCUACCCCUUUCAUCCCUCGACCCAACCCCAACCCCAACCCCAACCCCAGAUCUUACAGAAAAACUCACUCAUUUGGCCACUCUUUCCCUAAACAGAGCCAAACACAUCAAGAAUCCCUCCUCAAACCACAGUAGAAUCCCAGUGUAUCCUCAAGGCUAUGGAGGUUACUCGAUUCCCCUCAGCUUUGGGACUCCUCCCCAAACCAAGCCCUUCAUCAUGGACACUGGAAGCAGCCUUGUUUGGUUCCCUUGCACUAAAACCUACCAAUGCAAAAACUGCAAUUUCAAAGGCAUGCCAAAGGGUGGUGUCACCCCUUUCCUUCCAAAGUCCUCUUCCUCUGCUAGGAUUCUUGGAUGCGCCAAUCCCAAAUGUGGGUUGAUUCACCUGAGGACCACGCCGGAGAGCCGCUGUAAAGACUGCCAUCCGCCGUUCACCAACUGCAACCAGAUCUGCCCGUCGUACAUCAUCCUCUACGACUCUGGAUCCACCGGAGGUCUUGCUCUCGUUGAGUCCCUCACCUUACCCGGAAAGAAAGUUCCCAACUUUCUGGUGGGAUGCUCUGUUUUCUCGGCCAGGCAGCCGGCCGGGAUCGCGGGGUUCGGCCGCGGCCCGACCUCCCUCCCGACCCAAUUGGGGCUCACCAGAUUUUCUUACUGUCUUGUCCCGCACAGAUUCCACGACACCGGGAAAAGCAGCUCGCUGGUGAUGGAGAGCGGCUCCGUCGCCGGACAGCGGACCAGAAACCUUAGCCGGACACCAUUUGUGAAGAAUCCUCAGGUGGCCGGAAGAGAUCCGCUUUCCGUGUACUACUACGUUAGCCUGAGGAAGAUCAGCAUCGGAGGGGUAAAAGUGAAGAUCCCACACAAGCAUAUCUCGCCGGAUUUACGGGGAAACGGAGGGACGAUUGUGGAUUCCGGGUCAACAUUCACGUUCUUGACCCACGACGUGUUCGAGGCCGUGCAGGGUGCGUUGGUCAACGAAGUGAAGAAGACCUACCCCCGGGCCGGAAAACUGGAGGAGUUGACCGGAUUGAGGCCGUGCUUCAAUAUCUCCGGCCACAAGACGGUGGACCUGCCGGCGAUGAAGUUCCAUUUCAAGGGACGGGCAGAAAUGGAUCUGCCUUUGGGAAAUUAUUUCUCCAUCGUUGCGACUGACACCGUUUGCCUGACUAUGGUGACCGAUAACUCCGGAAACGGGUCAGCGGUCGGGCCUUCGAUCAUUUUGGGGAAUUUCCAGAUGCAGAAUUUCUACGUGGAGUAUGAUCUCAAGAAUGGCAAAUUCGGAUUCAGGCAACAAUUAUGCAAGUGAUUAUUUAAAUGUUUAGGCGCUAAACUGAACCGUGAUUUUCUUUAGCUGGCCUAUUGCUCUCUGAUUCCCUCUGAAUCUCUUCCAUCUUAGUUUAAUUAAUUAACUUUCAACCCAAUACCUUAACUUCAUACGAAGUAAAAUAUUUAGGAGCCGUUUAUUAACGCAGAUUAUACCGUGGGAUCGGGCCACCAUGUGCAUGGUGUGCCGAUCCCAAACGAUGUCGUUUCUAUUAAUAAAAGUCUCUCGCCUUCUUCUGAUUCGCAAAGUCGUACCCUAUCCAAUUCCGAAUCAGAGCGAAAUCAUUCACUUAGAUGGCUUCUCCUCUUCCUUUCAUUCCUGGCCAUCGCUAACCACUUAGCCGUGACUUAGAAAGCAGACCAGCAGUUCUCAGAAUCUCAGGCCUCAACUUAUCACCGAAGAGUAGCUCUCACGCCUCUCAGUUUACCGUGGAAGAGCAAUUAGAGCAGAAAGCCAGAAACCAAAACACUCUUUACCGUCGUGCGCCGUCCGAGUGCUGCGUGCAACCAGAAAGGCAGUGACUGACCAACAACUCCGACGAUGUUUCCACCAUCAGCGUCGAAGAAGAGCUCCAAUCCGGUCACCUCUAUUUUGCUCGCCCAUCUCAAGUGCUCUGAUCUGUAGUUCUCUUUUUGUGAAGAAUGCUCUGUAGUUCUCUUCUUUUGGGCAGGGCUAGUUUUCUUCAAAAGUAGAUUGAGAUAUCAGAUUUGUUCAAUUUUUUUUGUUCAAGUUUAUGCAGCGGAUGGUCAUCCAUGGGUAUCUAAGAAAAGUUACAUUUUUAUUAAAAGGGUUUACAUUUCCAUUUAUCUCAAGUUACAUAUCUAUGAAUGUGAGUUACAUGUCAAC